CUUUCAUCUUUUCAUUCAUUGAAAACGAAUAUUUUUAUUUUUUGCAUAGAAUUGCAUCAAGUAUUAUUUGAACUUCGAAUUUGAAAAAUUACUAUACCGGGAUCAUAUAUAAUUUUCUUUCUCACGUUGGUCAUUCUGAAAAUUUUUAACCCACGUCUAUUUUCACGUUGAUUCCAUAUACGUGCUCAAAAUAUCAACAAUAUCGAAAGCAAGGGAAGGAAUAUUUUUUAAUCUUAUAUAGAAAGAUAAAAUAAAACUUCGGGUCACGUUGAUACAAUUUUCUUCUAUAUUUUUCUAUCUGUAGGACUUCGUUACAACGUUAAAAGAUAGGAAAUACGUCAUGAAAUUAAAUAAUGUCGUCCGGUGUGCUCGAAAUAUUUCUGGAAAAAGCGUGACUCCGAAUGUUUGUAUCGUCGGUGCUGGUCCGGCUGGAUUUUAUGCUGCACAACAAUUGAUUAAGACGUCUAACGAUGUGAAAGUCGAUAUUUUGGAGCGAUUGCCAGUCCCUUUUGGCCUCGUACGUUUUGGCGUAGCACCCGAUCAUCCGGAAGUGAAAAAUGUGAUCAAUACCUUUCACAAAACCGCGAUCAAUCCACGCGUUCGAUUUCUGGGCAACGUAAACGUUGGGAAAGACGUCAGGGUGGAACAGUUGAUGGAAAAUUAUCAUGCAGUUUUAUUGACAUACGGCGCAGAAGAGGACAGAGAACUCGGUAUUCCUGGUGAGGAUUUGAAAAAUGUUAUAUCAGGACGAAAAUUUGUUGGUUGGUACAACGGAUCACCGAACGACAGAGAUCUAGGAAUAAAUUUAGAUGUCGAAGAGGCGAUAAUUGUUGGCCAAGGUAACGUCGCCAUAGACAUUGCGAGGAUACUCUUAUCGCCGAUCGAUCGUUUGAGAGUGAGCACAAACAAAACGGACAUAACGUCUUACGCACUGGAACAGUUAUCGCGUAGCAGAAUUCGUAAAGUUUCUCUAAUAGGACGCAGAGGACCUCUUCAAGCGGCAUUUACCAUUGCUGAAUUGCGAGAAAUGGUAAAACUGGAGAAAUGCGAAACGCGAUGGCGAGCAGAAGAUUUCACAGGCGUUCGUGACCUCGUGGCAAAUUUACCAAGACCUAGAAAACGCAUAACCGAACUAAUGCUCAAAUCUUUGGAAGAAUCUCCGCCAGAAGAAUCUCCUCACGAAAAAAAAUUCUUCCCGAUAUUUCUGCGAAGUCCUAGCGAACUUUUGGGCCUUGAGAGUGUGGAAAAAAUUAGGCUCCACGUUAACGAACUCAAUGGUGAAGAUUAUAAGAGCCAAAGUGCCAAACCGACCGAUUCGUACGAAGAAAUUCCCUGUGGAUUAGCUCUGCGCAGCAUAGGUUACAAAUCAGUAGCAAUCGAUGAUGCAGUACCUUUUGAUCAACGGAACGGUCGAAUCGUCAAUAAUUUUGGUAAAAUAGAUAAAAAUUUGUACGCAGCAGGCUGGGUCGCUACAGGUCCUGUCGGAGUUAUUUUGUCCACAAUGACAAAUGCUUUUCAAGUUGCUGGACUCAUCUGUAAAGAACUUUUGACAAACGAACCUAAAGAAGGAACACAAGGACUUUUGAAAAUUCUCCGGGAUAAAAAUGUGCAAACCGUGUCUUAUGAUCAGUGGAAAAAAAUCGAUGAGGUUGAACGUGAAAUGGGCAAAAAGUUGGACAAACCACGUGAAAAGAUUGUAGAUGUGAAAAAAAUGUUAGAAAUAGCAUUUAAAUAAUACAUAAAUUUAUUCAAAUACGAUCCAUUGUAUAAAUUUUAGUGUCGAUGUAAUGUAUUAAUAUUUGUAAUGGUGAUUUGUAUAAAAUAGGGUGAUUCCCUUGUUCAGAAA